UCCAUCCAUACCAUCUGUGCCACUGCCGCCCGCCAUGGUCUUGGAGCUCUACCUGGACCUGCUGUCGCAGCCCUGUCGCGCCAUCUACAUCUUCGCCAAGAAGAACGGCAUUCCGUUCCAGAUGCACACCGUAGAAAUAAUCAAAGGGCAACACUUGAGCAAGCAAUUCUCCGAGAUGAACUGUCUGCGGACAGUUCCUGUCCUCAAAGACGGAAACUUCGUGUUGACCGAAAGUUCAGCCAUCCUGAUUUACCUGAGCUCCAAGUACCAGGUGGCAGAUCACUGGUACCCAGCUGACCUGCAGGCCCGUGCCCGAGUCCACGAGUACCUAGGCUGGCAUGCUGAUAGAAUCCGUGGUACCUUCGGAGUGCUCCUGUGGGCCAAGGUGUUAGGGCCACUCAUUGGAACCCAGAUUCCAGAGGAGAAGGUGGAUCGGAACAGAAGGAGUAUGGAUAACUCUCUGUGUCGCCUGGAGGAAAAGUUCCUUGGGGACAGGGCCUUCCUUGCUGGUCAGCAGGUGACACUGGCUGAUCUCAUGUGUCUGGAGGAGUUGAUACAGCCGGUGGCUAUUGGCUACAAUCUGUUUGAGGGAAGGCCACAACUGACAGCAUGGCGAGAGCGGGUGGAGGCAUUCUUGGGUACUGAUCUGUGUGAGCAGGCUCAUGGUGCCAUCAUGAGCAUCCUGGAACAGGCAGCCAAGAAAACAAUUCCAGAGCCACCCCCAGAAGCCCAUCAUAUCAUGCUGCUUCGAAUUGCUAGGAUUCCCUGAGUGGUCUGAUUAGCAAUAAAUACUCAUGCUGUUUCUUA